CUCCGAUGUGACGUAUUUCCCUUUUCGCAUGGCUCUUGGACAGAGUGGCUUGAAGAGAUCAUUUCAAUCAUAAAUAACCUUUCAUACAGCUUAGAAAUGUUUAAACUCGAGGGACUCGGGCCGAAGAUGGAUCCGGAGGAGAUGAAGAAGAAAAUGCGUGAAGAUGUCAUUACGUCCGUUCGCAACUUUUUGAUUUACGUUGCGCUUCUGCGAGUCACCCCCUAUGUUUUGAAGAAGCUGGACAGCAUAUGAGGCUUCACUCAUGGGCAAAAACAUUCCCUGUACAGAAGAGCAUGCGGGACCGGGACGAUGCUGCACAGAGUUGAUUACAUCGGCAGUUCAUGAAGAGAUGUGGUCAAUUUAUGUCGUCACUAAUUUAAAUCUUUAUUUUACUGGGUGAUUUGUCCUCAUCUAAACUUAAAACAAGGGAAGUCUACAAGAAUGUUAUGUUCACAGUGACCCAAGCAAUAAAUCCUUAUCAGACAUUUAUAUUGACAGUAGUAUUUCCAAAAUCAUGCGUCUCGAGGAUACUAUACACUCUGUUAAUGCACUGCAGACAUCGUACAAUUCAUUGUUCGCAUUGUAUUCAUGACUCAACUACCAAAUACAGACUUUUCAGUAAA